UUAAACCUAGUUACUGUAAUUUCAAAUCGAGAGACAAUGUUGAAUUGUUUUCUUGGAGUAGUGUGAGGUGAUGAACAUGAAGGUAGUAUAGUAAUGCUAAUUUUCACCUUUAUCUUUUGUUCCGAUAUUCUGACCCGUGGAAGUACAGAUUACGAAUGUGGACGCUUAACAUACAGUUGUUGUGAGGAUUACAUUGAUUGAAAAGAACCGUGUAACAACUAAUUUCGUCCAGCUAUGAGUUUCUGAUGGUAAGAUGAUCCAAUUUGCAAGUUACAUCGAUAGGCAAAAGUCUGGCCCGGGCAGUUCAGAAAAGUCUCAAAAAGUACAUUCGGCUAAUUGGAAAGAAGAAAUUCAGCUUAAGAAAGAGAUGGAUUGUUUAAAUAGACAAGAACAGCAAAGAGUUGCCAGAAUAUCGUCCGAUCAAAGGCUUGUUGUGCAUCGAUUUCAACGUAAACUCUCUCUCAGUGUGGACAUUGCAAAGAAGCACGACGAAGUCAAAGAGAGUUUAGACAGCAAUCACAAACGCGCUCGAGGAUUACGAGACUUACAAAGCAAAAACAAUGAUACCAACGGUGAGAAGAGAAUGUCUUUAAGGCAGCUGCGCUGUUUAAGUGCAAGCCCUAAGCCACCGUUGCCGAAAUUUAGAAGAGCAAAAUCGCGUGAGCCGCCUUGCUUACAAAGCCCUGCAAUAUAUGGCGAAGACCUGCAACGUUUUACAGAAAAACCUAAUCUACCACCUCGACCUAUGACAGCUCUGGAAAAGCGAAAUAAAAUGUGGGAGAGACAACUUAAAACUGUAACCCAAAGACUGAACCGAGCAAGGAGUGCUCCAGCGAGGACUUCAUACUAUAAAGUUCCGGAGUUUAGUGUAAAGCAGAGGAAUAACGCGCGAGAUUCCAAAAAUGCCGGUCAAAAACAACGUCGAUAUACUUCUUUAGAGAUUGACUUGGAAUAUUUUCGUCGAGUUCGAGAAAAAGAGCUUUAUCUUCAAAGACAAGCUGUGAAGGGUUUUAUGAAAAGUAUCGAGCCUUUAGAAUUGGUUCCGUGGACGCCAGGCCACGAACUGGCCGAAAAUAACAACCAGGGAGAACUUGACUCUGUUGUUAUGGCGGCAGUCGCGCUAAACAAACAGGACAUUGUGAACGGGAACAGAUCAAGAACGCGUUCGGUCGGUUCUUAUAACACAAAAGAUCUAUCCAGUGUAGCAACAAAGCGAGGAAACGGUAAAGAAAGAAGUGCUAAUAUGAUUAACAAAAAAUGCCCUUCAAUGCUUAGAGUUGAGAUGGAAAAUUAGCUCUUUAUGUGUUUAUAUUAUAACUCUUUGAUUAUUUCUCCCUCGUUGAGUAAACAAACAAUUAGAUGAAAUUUCUAAACUAUGUGUGAGUGCACUUUGAGUGAAGAUGUCGAUAUACUUAUUGUUGAAUGAUAAUUUCGUAUCCGAUCUGUGGAAUCAGUUGCAUAUAUCGUAUAUUUAGUUUAUUUUUUUGAAGUUAGUAUACAGAGCGCAAUG